UCAUUGGUGUUGCACGUAACACUGUAAGUUUUGCGCAUUAUGAUGAGUUCAUCACGCUUGUAUAUUUGUAACGUUAUAUGUAGAGACUAGACGUCGAUGAAACACACGAGAUGGUUAUUAACUUCUUAAAAGAGUUUUGUCGUGUUGUCGUACCUCUGUAUUCACACAAAGCUUUGUCAACACAUGUAUUUGCCCGACGACGAGCGCCUUCGUUGGGAAAGCGUUUCAUCGCACUUUCGCGGAGCAGCACUUCUGUGAAUCACAGGAAACUGGUUAGAAACGGCGGGGAGAAGAAAUCAGCGAUUUGGAUAGAGGGAAAUAUUGCAAGUGGAAAGACAACAUGUCUGGAAUACUUCAGCAAAACCAGUGACAUUGAGGUGCUAACAGAGCCUAUGUCUAAAUGGAGAAAUGUACAAGGAUGCAAUCCAUUGGGACUGAUGUACCAGGACCCAUCCAGAUGGGGACUCACUCUUCAGACAUAUGUCCAGCUGACCAUGCUGGAUCGCCAUGUCUUGCCAAUGUCAGCACCAAUCAGAAUGAUGGAAAGAUCUAUUUACAGUGCAAAGUACAUUUUUGUGGAAAAUCUUUAUAAAAGUGGAAAAAUGCCCGAGGUGGACUUUGCUGUUUUAAGUGAAUGGUUUGAGUGGAUCAUAAAGAAUAUUGCUAUUCCUGUGGAUCUUAUUGUUUACCUGCAGACUUCUCCACAGACCUGUUACGAGAGACUAAAGCAGAGGUGCAGAGAGGAAGAGAAGGUUAUUCCACUGGAAUACCUAGAAUCAAUCCAUAAGCUCUAUGAGGACUGGCUCAUUCAUCACAAGUCGUUUGAGGUUCCUGCUCCAGUUCUGGUAAUCCCAGCAGAUCAUGAUCUUAAGAAGAUGCUGCAUCAGUAUGAGGAGAACAGAGAGAAGAUACUUAUGGCACAUUGUUAAGUGAAUGAUCAGAGACCACGAUGAUCAGAUCUCAGCACUCAAAAGACGAUUCGAAACUGGGUUUACAAACAUUCCUCCUGCAGUGGACAGUUGAUUUACAUAGUAGGAUUGGGAUAUUAGUUCAUAUGAUAGGUAUUUUAUUUAAAUGCUGACUUUUAUGAUCGUUAUUUUUUUUAUUUGUAUUUGCAGUCUUUGUAAACUUGUUUGAGCACUUAACAAGAGAAAUAGUCUUUUUAUUUAUAGUCUUGUUUAUGGAAUCAUUCCAUAUCAGCUAAAACUACUGCACUUUCCAUUUCCAUUUUUUCUUUCUUUUUUUUUUUUUCUUUUUUUUUUUGUCUGUAGACAUUUUAAAUUCAUAAUGUCAAUUCCAGACUGUGCGAAUAUACUGGAUGUGAUUGUCUUUGUUUUUUACAGUGAAGUCAUUCUUCUAGGGUCUUCUUGCGAUUCUUGUGAGACAGUGUCACGAUCAAAUACAGGUACUGUGGUCAGUUUGUGUUACUGAAGGUGUUACCGUGACCAGUGUAAUUUAUAAUGCAUAAGGCAUUGUUUUAAAUAAACUGAAAAAAAUGA